UCCUGAUGUUGCUCUCAUUUGAGUUCUCAGGCCAUACCAGAUUCUCAGGAGGGAAGCUCCCCAGUGGUCCCGGACAAUGGCAGGGAAAAAGGUCCUGAUAGUCUAUGCACAUCAAGAGCCCAAGUCCUUCAAUGGAUCUUUGUUGAAGAUUGCUGUGGAAGAAUUGACCAAGCAGGGCUGCAGUGUCACGGUGUCGGAUUUAUAUGCAAUGCAGUUUGAGCCAAGAGCAACAAGAAAUGACAUUGUUGGUCGCUUGCACAACUCGGAAGCGUUCAAUUACGGUGUGGAGACCUGGGAAGCUUACAAGAGGGGAGGUUUGUCCAGAGAUCUGGUUGAAGAGCAAAAGAAGGUGCAGGAAGCAGACUUGCUGAUUUUUCAGUUUCCCUUGUUUUGGUUCAGCAUGCCUGCGAUCCUGAAGGGCUGGAUGGACAGAGUCUUGGUCCAAGGCUUUGCUUAUGAUUUGUCCAAGUGUUAUGAUGGCGGUUUGCUCCAGGACAAAUUAUCCCUGUUUUCUUUCACCACUGGAGGAACCAAAGAGAAGUAUGCAAGCAGAGGUGAUGUUCGUUAUCUCCUGUGGCCCAUGCAGCAUGGAAUCAUGCACUUCUGUGGUGUCAAAGUCCUUGAACCUCACAUCUGUUAUGCUCCAGAGAAUGUCUCUGAGGAGAAGAGGAAGGAGAUGCUGACUGGCUGGACCCAGCGUCUGAAGACUCUUUGGAAGGAAGAACCCAUAAACUGCUCUCCUGAGUGGUAUUUCAAGUAGUGUUCAGGUACAAGACUACAGAGAGAAGAUCGUUUUUCUCCAUUCUUUUGGAUGCUCUAUCUAAAUACCUGAAUGCUAAUCUCCUAAUUCAAAUGUCUUUUAAGAAUCUGGAAUACAGCAGCUAGCAGCUUAACUGAAAAUAUAGCAUUUAUCUUCAUUGA